ACCUUUUUCUGCUCAUCUCGGGUGUGUUGUUCGGUGGCAAGAGUGGCAGCCAUUUACAGAUCAUUUACCUGCAGCUGGUAGACCACGACUGGGAGCAUAUUCGUGGCUACAGCUGGGGCAGUGCUUGUCUGGCGAUGUUGUAUCGCCAUCUGUGUAGAGCAUCCCGCCGGGGUUCUCGUGAGAUCAGCGGACCGUUAUUUUUGCUUCAGUAUUGGUCUUGGGAGCACAUCCAUGUAGGCAGGCCAGGUAGGCCUGCUAUACAUCGUCAGGGGCAGCAGGAUCAGGACCAGCAGUAUGAGCGGUACAUUCCUCCACCACGGCCUUCCGCUGACGAGGCGUACGCUUGCAGAUGGGCGGUCCCCAAGCUGACAUAUGCGCAUGCGGCGAGGGGCCUGCCGUACUACCGAGACGCCCUUGAUCGACUGACCGAGGAUCAGGUGAAAUCUUUAAUUUGUUUAUGAAAUUGUUAUUUAUUAUGUAUACUCUUAACAUAUUUAAUAUGCACUAACCUGUUUAUUAUGUUACUUUUUAUGUGUUAUC